AUGGGCCGGCGCGCCCCGUCCGGGCAGCCAAAGCGCUGCGCCUCUUCUACUACUUGCAGGAGGAUGAGGCUUCUCGCAGAAACGGCAGCGCGCUCUGGCUCCGGACGUUUCUGGAGCGCAUCCCGGGCGUGGUGAAAUCCUUGAACCUCGCAACCAUCCAGGUAAGCGUCUCCUGGCACGAUGGAGCCGCUUCCCACGUUACGGAAUGUGACCGAUAUGAAUCUCUGUGUCUGCCUGAUGCAUGCUGCCUGCCAUGCUUACUGGAGCGAACAGGAUCUGAAGUCAAACCACUAGGGUCAGAGGUUCCCCAUGUCUAACGCACCUGCAUCAGCAAGUGGAGGCAUUCAGUGGAGGCCAAACAUUUAAUUUUAGUAAGUAAUUAGUAAACAAGCUAUUGCAGCAUCUCUGGCAACGCAAGAAUGCCAAGGAGUGCCUCUUUCAAAAUGAUGCACAUUAUUACUAUGCCUUGUGUCAAUCUCUAGGUUUUAAAAAUGGAUUUUAUCCUUUUAUGCUGUUUCCUGAAUUACUACUUGUGCACAGCUUGGACAUGCUUGGAUGUAAAUCAGGGGCAGAAAACCUUGAGCCCAUGGGCCAAAUUUGGCCUGCCAUGCUUCACCAUUUGGCCCAUAAGGCCAUUUUACCCAAACCAUACCCACCUGCCCUACAUCUGAUGUCACAUGUGAUGUCAGGCACAGGGCAGGUAGAGAUAGGGCUAGAUCAGCUGACCGCCCAUCAGCUGAUGCAUUGGGACUUCAGUUCUGCUUGGGCACCAUCUUCCCCCGUUCCCGUGGGCCAACUUUGACAGGACCACCUUAUCUGUCAAUUGCCUCUACGCACAUGUCAAAGUUGGACCGUAGGAUGGGGAGAGAUAUGGUCAAAAAGGUUCCCCACCCUUGAUAUAAAAUAAUUAAUAAAUUAUGUAGAUAAAUAAAUGAAUACUUAAAUGAUCCAGAGCCUAGGCCCAGCACAUAAUUUUUCAUAUAAUUUGCAUAUGUAAUUGAUGUGCAUAGAUGCCUCUAGAAAAUUAAUAUGGUGGUUGACUGGGGUUUGGAGAAUACAGUAAUAUUCUUUGCAGGACUUCCAACUGCACUAUAAAUAAAGCUUUCAAAAUAUUUUUAAAUAGGGGGAGCAAGGGGAAUGAGAUUUGGGCCCCACUGCAAAAAGCUUGGUGCCCUGAAUUAACCUUUAGCAACACCUCCGCCAGAUUAUGUCAGUGUGAUGGGCUGAUUUGUUCGAAAUGCAUAUCAUUCGACCCACAGCUCCUCACCCAUAGGAACCCCUCCCCCUUCUUUGCAAAAAUGAAAACAAAAAAGGACCUGCUCCCUUAGCAUUUGUAGAACAGAAAGCAGAACCUCACUGGCUGCUAAAAAUGAGAGUCGGCUAACAAGCCCAAGCAAAAUUUGUACUGUAUCUGUUUUCUCAGCUAGGGUGGUUAUUAGUGCAACUAGUUCUGCUUAUCUGUGCUACCCAGGCCUGAAUAGUUCCACCCUUUCUCUCUCUCUCUCUCUCUCCCUCCCCCCUCCCCCCACCACUAUGUGGUUUGAGUACUGGAGCCAGUAACACUGUUCAGUGUAAGGCUAUUAAUAUGCCUCUUUGCAUCCAGGAGAAAAGUAAAGGAACUGCUCCAGACAGUAAGUUUUAUUCCAUUUGGGUUAGUCUGUUGCAGCUUUUCAUUCAUUAGCAUGUAUUUACCCUCUCACCCUAUUAAACAGAACUCACUCUGGUACUUAGAGGCAUAAGGGACAUGGGUGGCAUUGUGGUCUAAACCACAGAGCCUAGGGCUUACCGAGCAGUUUGAAUCCCCGCGACAGGGUGAGCUCCUGUUGUUUGGUCCCUGCUCCUGCCCACCUAGCAGUUCGAAAGCACGUCAAAGUGCAAGUAGAUAAAUAGGUACCACUCCGGCGGAAAGGUAAACGGCGUUUCCGUGCGCUACUCUGGUUCGCCAGAAGCGGCUUAGUCAUGCUGGCCAUACGCCAGCUCCCUCAGCCAGUAAAGCAAGAUGAGUGCCACAACCCCAGAGUCAUCCACGACUGGACCUAAUGGUCAGCAGUCCCUUUACAUUACUUAGAGGCAUGCUGCUUCUGAAGCUGGAGACAUGGAAUAGCAUCAUGGCUGGUUGCCAUCGGUAUUAUUAUCCUCCGUGGAUUUGUUUAAUCCCGUUUAAAAGUUAUGUAAACUCGUGGCUGUCUCUAGAAGUUUGAAGCCAGACAGUGGUGCUAAGCUGAAGCUUCUGCCAGUCAUUGUCUGUGCACACAUUGGUGACUUGAGGCAUUAGAGACUUUGUUCAGCCAACCCAACCAAGCAGCUUAAUGAAGACUGAGAAUUGCUGGACGGCCUCAGAAUGUUGAGUGUCCAAUGGGAUGCGGAGUGAAAUGAAUUAUUCUCAAAGAGGGCAGGGCUGGCUAACUUGAAGCCUUGGUGUAUGAAGUCGUGCACUGUUUAGGAAGGGCUAUUCGAAAGAGCACCUCACCCCUUAUAUGGCAAGUCAAGUCACUGAGGGCCUCCAGCAGAUACCACCUGAUCAGGAGGUCUGUUCCUCACAAUGUAGGACUUGGGCCGUUAGUGCUGUGACACCUGUCCUUUGGAAUUACCCCCCACUGCUUGAAUAUUACACAGACGCUGUAUCGGCUGUCUUUUAAGUGCCUCCUGAAGAACCUUGCUCUUAGCAAGUAGAGAUCUUUCCCAGUCUACAUCUGUAUUGGAAUUGUUUUAAGGAUGUUUUUAUUGUUUUCUAUCUUGGGUCCCUGUACAGGAACACUCCAUGCUGCAAAAUUUAUUUCAGGUCCCACUUAUAUUCUGCUAAUUGCACCCUGUCUUUAUACUCUUGUGAGCAUUUAGAUUUAUAUAUUAAGAGAGAAAAUAUUUAACAUGUGACCUUCUCUUCUCCCCCCCCCCCAUGGCAGGUGGCUUAUUUUACUUCAUUGUCCAGACAAGAAGAGUUUGAAAAAAAUACUAAAGAAGUGGUCCCUUUGUUUUCCAUCACGUAUACCUUAACAAUAACCUUCUCAAUUAUCUCAUGCUCAAGGUAAUUGCUGAGGAAAGGGAAAUAAUUUUUAUCUUUUCAUUUUGUGAGAGUGUAUGGGGGACUCCCUGGUCUUGAAUGGGGCAACUGUGUCUGUGAAGGAGGAGGUGCACAGCCUGGGAGUCAUUUUGGACUCACAGCUGUGCAUGGAGGUGCAGGUCAAUUCUGAGUCCCGGACAGCUGUCUACCAGCUCCAUCUGGUUCACAGGCUGAGACCCUACUUGCCCGCAGACUGUCUCGCCAAAGUGGUGCAUGCUCUAGUUAUCUACUGGACUACUGCAACGCGUUCUAUGUGGGGCUACCUUUGAAGGUGACCCAGAGACUCCCAACUAAUCCAGAAUGUGGCAUCUAGACCGGUGACUGGGAGUGGCCAUCACAUAACACUGGUCUUGAAAGACCUACAUUGGCCCCCAGUACAUUUCUGAGCACAAUUCAAAGUGUUGGUGCUGAUCUUUAAAGCCCUAAACGGCCUUGGUCCUGGAUACCUGAAGGAGCGUCUCCACCCCCAUUGCUCUGUCCGGACACUGAGGUCCAGCGCCGAGGGCCUUCUGGAAGUACCCUCCCUGCAAGAAGCGAAGUUACAGGGAACCAGGCAGAGGGCCUUCUCGGUAGUAGCACCCGCCCUGUGGAACACCCUCCCAUCAGAUGUCAAAGAAAUAAACUAUAUGACAUUUAGAAGCCAUCUGAAAUCAGCCCUGUUUAGGGAAGUUUUUAAUGAUUGAUGUUUUAAUGUAUGUUUAACCUUCUGUUGGAAGCCGCCCAGAGUGGCUGGGGAAACCCAGCCAGAUGGGCGGGGUAGAAAUAAAUUAUUAUUAUUAUUAUUAUUAUUAUUAUUAUUAUUAUUAUUAUUAUUUAUUAGGAGGAGGUAGUAGAUCUACCAAGCUUCACCUGAAUGUCUGCCAUCUUUCCCACAUUCCAUCGAAGAAUGCAGACUCAAUGGCCUUACCAACAGCCAACUUUGUUCUCCCCCCUCCUUAGUUUGUUUACUGUCUAGCUGAUGAAGCAUUCUGGGGAGCUUGGAAGCUUGCAUCCUUUUCUGAGAUAUUUUGUGCAGCUAGGGCUUCAAAACAGAGCUUCACACAGCUUCAGUGCAUGCAUAGCCGAUCCAUUUGGUGCUAACAGGUUUAGCUUGGUUCAGUGGGAGGGGGGAUUAGCACGUGUACCGUGAUACUCUGAAUCGAAUUAGAAUCUUCUUAAUCUGUUUUCCAGGCUGGACUGUGUACGGACAAAAGUGUGGGUUGCAGCUUUUGGGGUGCUGUCAGCAGGCUUAUCUGUCGUCAGCAGCUUUGGAUUGCUGCUCUUUUGUGGGGUGCCGUUUGUUGUCACAGUUGCAAAUUCGCCAUUUCUUAUCCUUGGUAAGUGAGCAAAUGUACACAUUCCUCCUGACUUCUCCAUUGGGCUUUUCAUUAAUAUAUUUAAGAAUCAUGAUGGGUGAAAAUUCUCUUACAUAUCUACGGGUUUGCGGCGUUAAGGAGCCGUAUUUUUGGGGAGCCAAGCCAUUCGAGUUUCAAGAUAUCACUGUAUUUCUCUUCUCGCAUGACAUAUAGGAACUAAUAUGUUAUAUAUUUGCCGUUCUUCAGGGGUUGGUGUUGAUGACAUGUUCAUCCUGGUGUCUUGCUGGCAGCAGACUAAAGUGAAGGACAGUGUCAGAGAGCGAAUGGCUGACACCUACGGAAAAGCAGCUGUAUCCAUUACCAUCACAACCCUCACAGACGUGUUAGCCUUCUACAUUGGAAUUGCAACUCCAUUCCAGUCCGUUCAGGCAUUUUGCAUCUAUACAGGAACAGCCUUUGUGUUCUGCUACUUAUACAACCUGACAUUCUUGGGGGCCGUUCUUGCUUUAAAUGGGAGACGAGAAGAAAGCAACAGACACUGGCUCACAUUCAUGAAAGUGAACAAUGAGCCUCAGGACUCUCAGGGCUGCACAUAUAACAUGUGCUGUGUAGGAGGGUCUUUUGAUGAGUCCACUGGAGCAGAGACUGAACACCCCAUGAAUGGAUUCUUUAGAAAGUAUUACGGUCCCUUCCUUAUGCACAGCUGGACCAAAGUGCUUGUGGUAGUCCUUUAUCUCAUGUACUUGGGUAGUAGUAUUUUUGGCUGCACUCAAGUCAAAGAAGGUAUAGAUCUUCGAAAUCUAGCUAGUGACAAUUCUUAUGUCAUCCAGUAUUAUGAAUGGGAAAAGGAAUAUUUUUCAGAAUACGGCCCAAGGGUUAUGGUGGUUGUUACUGAAAGCAAAGCUUAUUGGGAUUCAUCUGUCCGUGCAGAUCUUGAAAACUGUAUGAAUGCACUAGAAAGCUCAUCCUACGUCAACAAGAAUUUAUCAGUGUCCUGGUUGAGAACUUACCAAGAUGUCGCUAAACGUAUGUCUUUCAAUAUAGAUGACCGUAGGCUUUUCAUUGACAAUUUAGCCACCCUUUUUGGGAUUAAUCCAGACUUCAAGUGGGAUGUUUAUGUUAUUGCUACAGAAAUAAUAGCAUCACGUUUUUUCAUACAGACAGUCAAUGUUACUACUGCAGUGGAUGAGAGGAGUCUUUUAAAUGAGCUGAGAGGUCUUGCUAAGGACUGCAAGGUACCGUUAAUGGUUUAUCAUCCAGCUUUUAUAUACUUUGAUCAAUAUCUUGUGAUCGCUCAGGACACGGUUCAAGCUAUUGUGAUUGCUGCUGGAGCCAUGUUACUCAUUUCCUUACUACUCAUUCCCAAUCCUCUUUGUUCUUUGUGGGUAACCUUUGCUAUUGCCUCUGUUAUUGUCGGUGUAGCUGGUUUCAUGUCCUUCUGGAAUGUGAAUCUUGAUUCCAUAUCCAUGAUUAACCUUGUAAUUUGCAUAGGGUUUUCAGUAGACUUCUCAGCCCAUAUUUCUUAUAAUUUUGUUGCCAGUGAGAAACACAAAGUGAAUGACAAGGCUGUGGAUGCUUUGUACCACCUUGGCUACCCUGUUACACAGGGAGCUAUUUCCACUAUCUUGGGAGUUAUUGUACUCUCCAUGGCAUCCUCUUACAUCUUCAGAACCUUUUUUAAGAUAAUGUUUCUGGUGAUCUUGUUUGGGGCUGUUCACGGUCUCAUUUUUAUUCCUGUGUUCUUAACUUUCUUCGGCUUUUGUAGUAAAAUGCCAAAUAGACAGCUUCCAGUCAGUGCCCAGAGCUCCAGUGCUGGAGGAGUUCCUUUCUCAGAUACAAAUACUGUAUUAUGA